AUGCCUGACACACCACAGGAAAGUCAAGGUGCUGGCAUCACAGCUAUCAAUAGCUUGGAAGCAUCGCUUUCUAAAGAAUUCUUGAAAACUAAACUCGAGGAUGUCGAAGCUGAAGACAACGCUCCCGAAUCUGACGACGAACCCGAAGAUCCAGCGGCUAUUACAAACGGAGGAGACACCGGCGGCACGCCUGGGAAGAAGAAGAAGAAGAAGAAGAAGAAGCCUAAGAAGAAGGGUGUCCCUGUCCCAACCACUCAAUCCGAUCCUCCCCGAAUCCUUCUCUCGAGCCUGUUCCCGAGUCGAGUAUACCCCGAAGGUGAAUGUGUGGAAUACAAAGACGACAAUCUAUCCCGGACAACGAAUGAAGAAAAACGACACCUCGAUAGAAUCAAUAAUGAUACACAUCAAGAUUUUCGACAGGGUGCGGAGAUCCAUCGUCAAGUUCGACAGUACGCUAAAAAAAUGAUUAAACCCGGCAUGGCCCUCACAGAUAUUGCGAAUAACAUUGAAGAUUCGGUGAGGGCGCUUUCUGGACACAAUGGAUUAACGGAAGGAGAUGGCCUCAUCGCGGGUAUGGGCUUCCCGACAGGACUUUCUAUCAACAACUGUGCCGCUCACUAUACCCCAAACGCCGGAAACAAAAUGAGUAAGGGCACUCUGUUUAUGAAAAGAACAAGCGACGUGGGAGGCAUGGCUAACACCCUCUCUCAACCAGUUGUCGGGGAAAAGGAUGUCAUGAAAGUUGACUUUGGAGUCCAUGUAAAUGGGAAAAUCGUUGAUAGCGCAUUUACAGUCGCAUUUGACCCUACAUAUGAUAAUCUUUUGGCUGCCGUUAAAGACGCAACCGAUACUGGAGUCAGAGAAGCUGGUAUCGAUGUGAGGGUCUGUGAUAUCGGAUCCGCUAUUCAGGAAGUCAUGGAGAGCUACGAAGUUGAAAUUGGAGGUGUAACGUAUCCCGUUAAGGCUAUCCGAAAUCUUAAUGGACAUAGUAUCAACCCUUAUCAAAUUCAUGGCGGAAAGAGCGUCCCAAUCGUGAAAGGUGGUGACCAGACCAAGAUGGAAGAAGGCGAGUUCAGCAAUUGCGAUUAA